GCAUUUUUUCAUUCAUUUUUUCCCUUCAGCGUGGUCGCAAGUGAAUCCCCUGGACCUGGAAGCGUACGCGGAAAAUAUCGAUUUUCCACCCAUCCGGCAAACGAGACGUGCAGCAGCGGAUUCUGGAAUCGGCUGUCGAACCGUGUGCAACCCCAUCACCUUCCGCGGCGUUUGGAGCACAACAAAACCGUGUGGGUUGCGAAACGCGCUUCCUCUACCGCGGGAUACAGCUUUCGCUUGCGGUCCGCUGCUGCGUUCCUUCUUUUCGUUGCCGCUCGCACACCGCAGAAGCCAGCAGCACCCGAGCGAGAGAGAAUCAAGAUGGUGGUGUGGUGACCUUUGCAUAUGUACAAACAAGCAAAAGGAAAGCAAAAAAAAGCGUUUGCAGUCGAGUGAAACAGUUGUAGCGCAUUCUCGGGGGAUCUUUUUUCCGGGAAUGAUUAGUUCGCGGUCGCGUGCGCGAGUAAAAUUCGCAUCGCAAGAAAGAAGCCAAGUAAUGAACCAAGUACGCAAAAUGUCUAUUGCGAAAAACUGUUGUGCGGUGGUUGUUGUUGUUGUUGCUGUAAGUUUGCCCGAUUGGCAUAGUUCGUACGGUGGUUGUCGUCGUUCUAGUAGCUGUAGUAGUUGCGACUAUGAUAGGACAAUGUUCGGAAGGUUCCGGCGCCGGUACCAUCCGGAAAGUGGUGGUGUCACCUAAUGCUGUCGUUGUGGGUGGCCCAAAAGUGAAGUAAAAUGUUCCGAAGUUAGCGAAAGUUACGUACGUCUAACAAGCGAAAAAGUUAAAUCUGCGCCCAGUAUGGCGCAGAUGUGCACGUAAGAAAACUGUCCAAAAAGUUGUAAAACAAGUUGUACUUUUAUCUUUCUAACCGGUGUGGGCGAAAUGAGUUUUGUGAGCCCAUUGUUUCGUGUGUUAAAAAAAAACGAAAAAGUCUCUUGUGUUCAGUUUAAACUUUCGAAUCUUCUUCCCCUCCCGGUUACAUUAAGCAGUACUGUCGGCAGUUUUGGGAAGCGCACCGCCUAGGACAAAGCCCCGACAAACGACGGUAUGGACAGCGAUGAUUCGAGACCGGGUUCGUCGGCUUCGAACAGCUCCGAUUCGGAUGCGGAGCAGGCAGCGACUCCGGCCGGCAAGGAGCAGGACGACGAACAAUCGGAUGGAUCUGGUUCGCCGUCACGUUCGCCCUCGCCCGCUUCCAAUGCAGGCGAUGGAGAAGGCGCACCGGAGAACAGUCGACAGUCGCGGUCGCGAUCGCGCUCUCAAUCAAGGUCCAACACACCCUGCAGCCUAACGUACGAUGCCGGCAAGCAGGAUUCCCUCUCAAGCCCUCCGAAAACGUUCGAUGCGGUCAACUCGCCCUCCUAUCUGAGUGCGGAGAACUCGCGCAGCUCACACCCGAAGUCACCCGCUUCGUCGCCGAUGAACAACCGGGCCAGCCGCAGUCCGAGCGUUGGUUCGCGUGGUGAUCGUUCACGAUCCCUGUCGAAGGAAUCGAACCAUUCGGACAAUAGCUCGAGCAAGGCCGGCAGCCACCACCGGCGCGGUAGUCUGAGCAGCUCGAACCGUCAGCAGCGAUCGCUGUCCCGCAAUUCGACCACGUCCAAUUUGAGCGAAAAGCUGAAGGGUGAAGAAAUUUCCGAUUGCGAAAUGGAAUCGGAUCGGGAAGAUAAAGCCCCCGCCUCACCGGAAGCGUUGGAUCGGGCGGAGGGUGCGGGAGCGUCCGGUCCGGCGGCGGGUAAAAACAACGCUCUCAACAUGAGCCAUGAAGAUUUGAGUGACGUUAGCCUGGAGAGUGACAACGAACCGGAACCGGAAGAGGAGGACGAUCGGGACAGUGAGGAGGGGGAGAGCGUGAAGAGGCACGGUCGCGAAGGGGCGCUUGAGGAUGACGAGGAGGAGGAGGACGAGGAUGAGCACAGCCGCGAACCGGCAACAGCAUCGAACGUAUCCUCCACGCUCGAGCGAGAAGACAGCGAGACGGGCGAACAGUUGGAGCGGCCGAAAAUUACCGACCUUCGCCAGAAGCUGGAAGAGCGGAAGAGUCAUCUGCGCCACAUGGAGGGUGACAAGCACACGCUGAAUGGCGGUGGUGGCGGUGCAAGUGCAAACGGAAGUGGACUGCGCAAUCACGAUAAGCUGCUCGAGAGCAACCUAAUGGACAGCAAGAACGAUGAAGAUGCGCUCGACUUCGAAGCGGAAGAGGGUGAAUGUAACGAAGUGCCGAAGGAGACGGAAAAACCGGACGACGAGCAGGAUAAAGAUAAAAAGGAGCAGGACGCUAAACCGGGCAACAAGGAUGCGGCGGGUGGGGAUGGUGACGAGCUGGAGGAAGGGGAAGAGCUAGAGGAGGGUGAGGUGACGGAUGAGGAUGAGAAGCGGCCGGAAGAAUCGGAACCGAAACCGAUCUGUCGGUUCUACACGCGCGGCCAGUGCACCUGGGGCAUGAGCUGCCGGUUCCUGCAUCCGGGAGUGACCGACAAGGGUAACUACACGAUGUUUGACAUGGUUCGGCCGGUUUCAGUAACGCACCAGCCACCGGGAUACGCGUCCCAUCCGGCGGCCCCCCUUUACGCAUCCGAUUAUCGGCAUGAACGUGCCGCAUUGCAUCAUCUAGCGGCGGCCCAUCAUCCGGUAGCGGUAGUGGCACCGUAUCCUCCCACUGUAGGCUUAGCGCCUCCUGCACGCCCCGUCGUCGAACCGGUCGCCACCGAAAGCGCUUGGGAGCGUGGGUUGCGCACUGCCAAGGAAAUGAUGCGCAAAGCGAACAAGCGCAAAGAGCAGGACAUUGAUUUUGACGACAAAAAGAUGAACCUUUCGCUGUCACAGGAGGAGCUCGAAAAGGACAACUACUACACGCGGGACCGAGCAUCUCCUCCGCUAUCACCCUACGCGGGACGACCAACGGCAGCAGUUCCACCAGCGUAUGAUUAUCCCGCACCGGCCUCCAAAUUCCCCCGCGGUGGUGCUCCUCCGCCAUUCGAGGAGGAUGCGUUCGGGCGUACCCAUCGCUACCGGGAGCUACCGUCCCACCGUAUGCCACAGUACGAGGAUGAAGAUCUGUCCAAGCGGCGCCAUCCGCGGGCAACGCGUGAGGUGAUUCUGCAGCGUGCGGACGAUUGGAACGAUCCGUGGAUGCGUUCGAAAUCACCCGGACGGGAUAAGCGUGGCCCGAGACGUGGGGGCGACCGGCGCAGCUACAGUCACAGCUCCUCGUACAGCAGCUCCAGCAGUAGCUCCCGGUCCGGGUCGAGCUCGGAUUCGAGUCGUUCGCCCAGCCCGACCACGACCAGACGCAACCGGUACGAUAGCCAUCGGUCGAAGGACAGUGAUCGUCAUGCGGGUACAACGCACGUGCGUAAGGUGAUUCGCACUCGCUCACCCAGCGUUAGUCCACGGCGAGCUCGUAAAGGAUCUCCAGUGCCGAGCAAGCGGAUGGACAAGCGUGUUGCAUCGCCGGUGGUCGAGAAGCGAAUGGUCGAGAAAAUUGUGACAUCGAAGCGAAAGCUGUCUCCUCAGAUGCACAAAGCGGUCGCCGUCAAACACCGACGAGCCUCGAGCUCAUCCGGAUCGGGCUCGUCCGAUUCGAGUGAUUCCGGUUCGGAAAGUUCGUACUCCUCCAGCUCGUCCAGUUCGUCCCGCGGCAAGGGCAGAAGUGCGAAGGUUCGCGCACCCGAAAAGUCCAGCAAAUCAUCCUCUAGCAUGGGAAAGAAGGAUUCGAAAAAGAUCAGCGAAGGCAAGGGUGGCGGUGCACAGGUUAUUCCACCUUCGAGUGCGGCCAUAGAGAAGGCGAAUGCGGCCGCGUCCAAGAAAUCGUCGCGCCGGGAAGAGCUGCUUAAGCAGCUGCGUGCGGUCGAGGAGGCGAUCGCCCGAAAGCGUACCAAGAUAUCCUAAGUCCCAUGUCCUUAAGAGAGCAAAACACAACCGCACACACACAACUACUAUUACUACUAUCCGUUUCACCACCACACCUUCAUCCACUUUUAUCAUGUAUUAUCAUCCCGCGAAAGGGCGCACACCACCACGUCGUGUACCGCUGGGGGAGUGUUAUGAUAAACUACCGCUUUUGAGGUACCGCAGACACAGUCGUAAACGCUACGAAUACACACCCCAACCCAUUCCAGAUGAUGACGAAGGGACACGGGGGUGGUACCUCUUGUACGCGUCCGGGUCCGGGAUGCACACACACAAACAAGGCCGGAGACAACGCAGAGGUAAACAUUACCCCGUAACUGACGGAAAAGAGGAGAAGAGUUUAGAGUUUAAGAAUACAGAGAGAGAGAGGAAGGGACACACAUCUACACACACACUCACACACACCGGGACAUUGUUUUUUAUAUCAUCAUUUUCUUUUCUUUCGUUGCGCUGGACAACCCCACUUCCUGGAGGGAUUACUCCCGGGGAGGCAGACAGCUCGGUCGGUAGUAGAUAAGUGAAGUGAAAUGUGUGUGGCAACAAACAUCCGUAGGAUGCGCGGCAUAGUUUGUGUCGAUUUAAAUGUAUUUAAAUAAAUGAGGAAAACAAAAAAGGCUUUUCA